AUGCCCUCCCCACCACCCAGGACCUGGAAGAGACUCUUCUGGUUGCUGAUCCUAUUUGCACUUGGCCUCUUAGGGCUGUACCUGUAUGGGCUCCCUGUAAUCAGGCAUCUGGAAGUCCUCAUCCCCAUGGGUGUCUGCCCUUCUGCCAGAAUGGCGCUGCUGAGGGACAACUUCACGGGUCUCUUGCAUCCCUGGGCCCGGCCUGAAGUCCUGACCUGUACCUCCUGGGGGGCCCCCAUUAUUUGGGAUGGCACCUUCGACCCAGCUGUGGCCCAGCGGGAGGCUCUGCAGCAGAACCUCACCAUUGGUCUGACUGUCUUUGCUGUAGGCAGGUACCUGGAGAAGUACCUGGCGCGCUUCCUGGAGACAGCCGAGCAGCACUUCAUGGUGGGCCAGCGCGUGGUGUACUACGUGUUCACCGAGCGCCCGGACGCCGUGCCCCGCGUGGCGCUGGCCCCGGGCCGCCUCCUGCGCGUGGAGCGCGUGGCCCGCGAGCGGCGCUGGCAGGACGUGUCCAUGCAGCGCAUGCACACGCUGCACGAGGCGCUGGGCGGGCGGCUGGGCCGCGAGGCGCGCUUCGUGUUCUGCAUGGACGUGGACCAGUACUUCCACGGCGCCUUCGGGCCCGAGGCGCUGGCAGAGUCGGUGGCGCAGCUGCACUCCUGGCACUACCGCUGGCCGCGGUGGCUGCUGCCCUACGAGCGCGACGCGCGCUCGGCCGCCGCGCUGGCGCCGGGCGAGGGCGACUUCUACUACCACGCGGCCGUGUUCGGGGGCAGCGUGGCGGCGCUGCGCGGGCUGACCGCGCACUGUGCGCGGGGCCAGCGGCGGGACCGCGAGCUCGGCCUGGAGGCGCGCUGGCACGACGAGAGCCACCUCAACAAGUUCUUCUGGCUGCACAAGCCCGCCAAGGUGCUGUCGCCCGAGUUCUGCUGGAGCCCCGACAUCGGCUCGAGGGCCGAGAUCCGGCGGCCGCGCCUGCUCUGGGCGCCCAAGGAGUACGCCCUGCUGCGCGACUAG